AUGCGGCUGGAGAUACCUGCCAGUUCACAACUGCAGCACCGUGAUACCCUUGUGGUUUCGGCUCCAGUGCUGGGCCCUUUCGACACAGUCAAUGCUGGCACUGGGCACUUCACAAUGGACUCGCCGUCUAGCUGGCAGAGGAGCACUUCCAGCUCGAGGUUUUCCCGCUCAACAGGGAAGAUGGUAGUGUGCCCCUGUCCGCACCCUCCUCCAGUGGACAAGACAAUGAUGGCAAGAUAUGACAAGCUGGAGGAUGGCCUCCGUAAGAAUUGGGCCUCUUUGCACGACUCGGAUGCUGACCUUAAAGGGACGCGAUCCUCCGCAUCCGGGGAGGUGGCCUCCAUGGAGGCCAUGCAGCAACUGCAGGCACAGGAGGCACGUGAUGCAGCAGAGCUGGAAGAGGCACAGCAAUCGCAAGUUCGUGAAUGGGUAGCUCGCACGGUGGACAAGUCCUCGGAAAACGAUCAGUAUGCCAAAGAAGCCCUGACGUCAAGAGAGGAGCCAGCAGAUUCAGUGUUGCAGCAGCAAAACGAGGUUCUGUCGGCGACGCGGUCCUGGAGAACAGACGUGAGACACCACAAGAAGGAUCCCUGCAGCCCAAUCACGCUGAAGCAGCAGGCGGAGCAGCGAUGGAAAUGCCUCUUCGGGGAUGCCGGCGUGGCCUACGCCCCUCCUGGGACUGGCUGGGCUGCCUACUCCGGAUGGAAGAGGGACCGCUACUUGGGUCUUAAGCGAGGGGAUGUUUUCGAACUUGCGCUCCGCGCACAAAAUGUGGGCACCGUCAGCUCCAUCACUCUGCCAGAAGAGCUGUCGAAGAGGAUUACACGAAUGAGAAGCCUCCCCCCGGUCGGGGCCGCGUACGUCGGAUUCCUCUUCGUGCUUCGAAGAAGCGAGAAAGCAGGCAUCUUCGGGAGAGGGGGAACACUGCGCGGGGAAGGAACGGGCCAAGAUGCGGCAACAGCGCAGCUGAGCAGUCGAGGCAUUGUGGAGACGACGGACCAGUGGGAGUGGAAACAACACUGCCAGAUCAUUGAGUUUGCCGCCAUCGACGCGGGGGCGAAAGGCGGAGAGGUCACGGUGAACCGUGCUGUCGAAGCCGACUGUGCCCCGAGUUCGUCGUCAUCCAUCGCUGCGGAAGGCGUGCGGUGCCGGCCGCAGUUCAACUGGGAGGAUAUCAGGUCCCGCGCAGCGCGCUGCUUCGCAGAGGACCACGGCGUCGGCCUUGAGCGCCACAAGGAGAUCAUUUGUGAUCCGGGCAUGCCAUUCUUCCAAGAAGUCUGGCACGCCGAGGUGAUCCCUUUCCUGCAGCGGGCCGCCGGCGGAACCGGGAGCGUCGUGCUCCUCGCAGCGCACAACGGGGCAGCGUUUGACGAGUACAUCAUGAGGAAGGAGAUCACCCGGUUAGGGCUGGAUCUGUCCCGGUGCCCGCGACUCAUGUUCGCGGACCCGGUGGCCGCUGUGAAACAGCACUACUGCUACCCGGCAGUGGCGGCUGAGUAUGCUGGCCAGCACUUGAGCCUGGCUCUGGCAAACAUGCAUCAAAAAUAUGUUGGCUAUUCGAAGCGAGACUUCAAGCAACACCAGGCGCUAGACGACUGUAUCAUGCUCCUGGAAGUGCUCUGUUACGCGCCGUACGUGGCAGAUGUUCUGGCAGAUAACAUCUGCAAAAUGAUUGGCCUCCAGGUGCCGGCCCUUGCCAGCAUGCUGCGUUGGGGCCCUACUGCAACCUGCAGCCUUCCCCAGCAAAGCAAGCUGGACUUCGUGAGGGAGUACUGCGGGAAGCGGUACCUCAUCAAGAGCACGGCAUUCUUCCAGAUACCAUCCGUGUCGGUGCCCGUACCCGCCCCAGCGUCUGCGCUACCAGCUGUUUCGAUGGCGCCUCCACCACCAAGCACACCUCCGCCUGAGUGGACGGUGAUGCCACCACCGCCACCACCGCCGCCGGUCGCGCCAGCAACGGUGUCUCCUCCGGUCGCGCCAGCGAGCGUGCCUGCUUCCCCGCCGACCUCUGCUCCGGCCUCGCCGCCGAUGGCACCAAUUGCGGCACCUGUCCGCACCGUCUCGGAAGUCGAGGAUGAAUUAAAGAAAGAGAUGCCGAAGGAGUCGCCGCCGAUGGCACCAAUUGCGGCACCUGUCCGCACCGUCUCGGAAGUGGAGGAUGAAUUAAAGAAAGAGAUGCCGAAGGAGUCGCCGCCGACGGAGCCAAUUGCGGCACCUGUCCGCACCGUCUCGGAAGUCGAGGAUGAAAUAAAGAAGGAGGUGCCGAAGGAGAAGCAGAAGAAGAAGAGUCGUGCAGGUUGGUGGGACGGCAACGGCAGCACCCUCGAUGUGCAGACAUAA